AAUAUUGUCAGCUGUCAAACUUAAUUGUCAAAUGAGAUGUCACGAGUGGAAUUAUCAAUUUUCGGUUUUGGAAAAAAUGUAUAAUUUACACAGAACCUUGAAGAUAAAUAACUAGAAUUAUCUAGUUUUUAAAAUGUUUAAAAAACUUUCGUAAGGGUACUAAGUUAGUGACAAUGGAUGGUGGUGACAGAAUUCUUGUCGCCGCUGGUCUUACCGCGGCUGUUGUUGUGGGAGCCUUCGUAUUAUGGGGUCCAGGAGGAGCUCCACGAGUUCGGAAGCGUCGAGGUCAGAUAGCAGGGCUUCAGAAUUUAGGAAGGACAUGCUUUCUCAAUACGUUACUUCAGGCUCUCGCGGCUUGUCCCACUUUUAUUGAAUGGCUUAAAAAGUACGCGAAGGCCAAUGGACAUAAUAGUAUGAUCACAACUCUGUACACCGUCAUCGAAGUUGUAAAUGGGACACAUGAGUCUGCUCGAGGUACACCUGUGUGUCCACUGGGUGUUCUCCAAGCUCUGCGAGCAGCUGGUUGGGUUGUGCCUGCUGAUCAGCAGGAUGCACAUGAAUUACUACAUGUGUUAUUGUCUUGUAUCGAGGAAGAAACUACAGUUAUGUCUAAAAAGCCUGGCUGUCUAUCAGAUGCUCUGGGCCUCGGCGGUGGCCGUGCCUGGUCCGCGUUGGCGUCUCCCGCAUCCCCGCCCGCAGCUCCUCUGUCGAUGCGAGACGAUGGAAUGUCGCGACCGGCUCGACCCGCUUCAGCCGCGCCGCCGGGAGAACCGGAGUUAGUCGAUCCAGACGAGGCGCCGUCGCCGCUGCGGCUGUCGAAGGGCGUGUCGCGCUCGUUCUGCCACCUCAGCUCGGCGGGGCGCCGCUGGGCCGCCGCCCCCGCGCGCCCCGCGCCCGCGCCGCCCACGCGCGGCACGCUGGCGCAGCGCACGCACUGCACCGUGUGCUCCACCAAGAGUCCCGUGCGAUACGACAAGUUCGACAGCAUUACGUUGUCGAUGGCGAACGCUAGCACCGGCCUCUCCGGCACGUACAGUCUGUCUGGUCUUUUGCGCGCUUUCACUGCCCCCGAGCUGGUGAAGGGUCUGCGCUGCUCCAAGUGCUGUCCCGAGGAGAGCUCGGCGGUGCCGCAGCACGCGCAAACCAAACACAUCCGAACCGUCACUUUUGGGAAGCUGCCGGCGUGCCUGGUGCUGCAGGUGGCGCGCGUGGAGUGGCGCGGCGGGGGGCCCAGCAAGCGCGCCGAGCACGUGGCCUUCCCCGAGACGCUGUGCAUGGCGCCCUACGCGUCGCGCGCGCGCGAGGCCCCCGCGACGGGCCUGGCCGUCUUCGGCGCGCUGGGGGCGGCCCCCCCGGGCGACGAGCGCGCCGCCUACCGGCUGGUGGCGGUGGUGGUGCACGUGGGCGGGCCGCACUCGGGGCACUUCGCCACGUACCGGCGCGGGAACGGCUUCGAGAGCAAGCGCUGGUGGUACACGUCGGACACGCUGGUGCACGAGGUGUCGCUGCAGGAGGUGCUCCGCUGCGCCGCCUACCUGCUGUUCUACGAGCGCGCCCCUCCCCCCCCGCCGCUCACCACGCACUUCUGAGCCGAUGCCGGCUGCUCCUCUGUGGCGUUCGAGAUGAACAUACCGAAUGCUCUGCCACUUUAUUGACCACGGAGUGGGACUCCUGAGUCUCCGGCCUCCGGCCUGUGAGUUGUCGUAUGAGUGAAUCGGCUGACAGCUGCGGUGCCAUAGGUACAAGGCUAAAUUUAUAUGUGAUCAUAAUGACCUUAAAUAUGUAUGUAUCCUUUUUGAAAUAUUUAAAUUGGCUGUGUAUUCAAUCGAAAUUUUAUAAAUGUAAAUAGAAAUUUCUAAAUAAUUGCUAAUUUUUGUGCAAAUUGAUUAAUUUACUUUUCUCUGGAGUCGGCACAAAAUCUAUAAUAACAUUGAACAGUAUUCUUCUCCUU